AUGCGUAUGUCAAGGGACAGUGGAUGGAGGGCAUCGCAACCUGGUGCAUUGCAGGAUUGGGUAUGGGAGUCUGGCCAAUCCCCUGGUGAUGCAUGCCCAUUGGGAUCUCAGAUGAAUGGUCAUACCCAAUGCCACCAAGGGCGCAUUCCUCUUUACUCGGCAAUGGUGAACUCCACAAAGCAUGUUCAAGAAGCCGUAAUGUUUGCUAAACGCCACGAUCUUCGCCUUAUCAUCCGGAACACGGGCCAUGAUCUAGCGGGUCGAUCCAGCUCGCCCAAUGCAUUGCAGAUCCAUACCCACCGGCUGCAAGAUAUUAAAUUCCACGAUAAUGUUCAGCUCCACGGAUUUGAAAAGUCUUUCGGUCCAGCUGUGAGUGUUGGAGCUGGUGUUAUGAUGGGGGACCUAUACGCAAGGUCCGCACAAAAUGGAUACAUUGUUGUCGGUGGCGAUUGUCCUACAGUCGGAGUUGUAGGAGGAUUCCUGCAGGGAGGAGGAAUUUCAGAUUUUCUUAGUCUACACCAUGGAUUGGCAGUGGACAACGUUCUGGAAUUUGAAGUUGUGACCGCUAGCGGAGACAUCGUUCUGGCCAACGCUAUUCGGAAUCCGGACCUAUUUUGGGCAUUGCGGGGGGGUGGAGGUGGGACUUUUGGAAUUGUUACGCGAGCUACUAUGCGAGUGUUUCCCGACGUCCCUGCUAUUGCGGCUGAGCUCGGCGUGCAGACAUCCCAAUCUCACGGCGAAUAUUCUCGAAGCCUUGCUGCAUUCUUCACUGUCCUGCAGUCAUUGAACCGUGAAAAUGUUGGUGGGCAGCUGAUCAUCACUGUGAUAUCUGAACACUCUAUUGAGGCAAAACUUAAAAUGUUCUUUCUGAACCAAACCAAUACGGCGGAUGUCGACCAGCGAAUGCAGCCAUUUGUUGAGGAUAUGAGGCGCAUUGAAACUCAUGUGACAUACGAAUCAACAUCAUUGCCGAAACUCAGCAUGAACUAUCGACAGGUUCCCGACAUUCACACCGAUAACGACUACGGUGUUCUUGGGUCCACUGUCGCCAUUUCUAACGACUUAUUCAAUGCUUCCAAGGGGCCUGCAUACGUGGCCGACGGUCUGGCCCAACUCCCCACGCGGCCGGGCGAUCUAUUGUUCACCAGUAACCUCGGAGGGCAAGUCAUGAGAAAUGGAGACCUCAUGGAGACGUCCAUGCAUCCGGCUUGGAGGAAUGCUACUCAGCUGAUCAACUUCGUGCGACCGGUUGAGCCGACUAUUGAAGGAAAAGCAGGUGCAUUACAAAACCUUACGAAUAUUCACAUGCCCUUGCUUUAUGCCAUUGACCCGAGGUUUCGGUUAUCCUAUCGUAACGUGGGGGACCCGAACGAAAAGGAUUUCCAACAGGUCUAUUGGGGACAGAGCUACGCCCGCCUGUUACAGCUGAAGCGACGGUGGGACCGAGAGGGGCUUUUGAUCAGCAAGUUAGGAGUGGGUAGUGAGGAAUGGGACUCGGAGGGAACCGAAAAUAUGACUAUCAUCAACUCACGCAUUAUUGACAUACGUCAGAGCACAUUCGAGGAAUCCAUUCCCGAUCAAGUCACGGCUGGACUGUCUACUACGCCCAAAACUCUUCCAGCUCUUCUCUUCUACAGCGGGGAAGGAAUUCGGCACUGGAUUGAACACUCUACCGCCGCUGACUUCUAUCCACGACAUGAAGAGCUGCGCAUUCUACGCGCCCGAGCGGCUGAGAUGGUUGAUUCGAUUGCCAAUAACAGUGUAGUGGUUGAUCUUGGGAGCGCAAGCCUGGACAAGGUUUUACCGUUACUGGAAGCACUAGAGGCAUCAAAGAAGAACAUCACGUUCUAUGCACUCGAUCUGAGCUUUUCGGAGCUUCAAUCUACGCUGCAGUCCCUCCCAUACGAACAAUUCAAGUUUGUCAAAAUUGGUGCACUUCAUGGAACUUUCGAAGAUGGAGUGCAGUGGCUGAAAGAUACCCCGGGAGUACAGGACCGGCCGCACUGUCUCCUAUUGUUUGGACUGACAGUAGGUAAUUAUUCGCGGCCAAAUGCAGCCAAGUUUCUUCAGAACAUCGCAAGCAACGCGUUGGCCGCUAGCCCAGUUCAAAGCUCUAUUCUCCUGAGCCUGGAUAGUUGCAAAAUGCCAACCAAAGUGCUGCGCGCCUACACUGCUGAAGGCGUCGUUCCUUUUGCUUUAGCGUCCCUGGACUAUGGAAACACCCUGUUCGCUCCAAACAAAAUGGGGGAGAAGGUAUUUCAGCCCAGUGAUUGGUACUUUCUGAGUGAGUGGAACUAUAUGCUAGGCCGACACGAAGCCUCUCUCAUCACGAAGGGCAAGGAGGUCAGACUUGGGGGCCCAUUGAACGACAUCGUUAUCGAGAAGCAUGAGAAGAUUCGUUUCGGAUGUAGCUACAAGUAUGAUACAGACGAGCGUCAAGUACUAUUUGGGUCGGCGGGAUUGACGGAUGUGAAAGAAUGUCUUUCAUCCAAUACAUUGAGCAAAAAAAUGGCUCCCAACUACGCGAAGAAAUGCCCAGUCAUGGGCAAAGCACCCUCGUCCGGCCAUUCUAGCAUCGGCCCUCAAGAUGUCCAUACUCUAGAAGUAUUGUCCAAUUUCAACCGCGAAAAGAUCCCUGAGCGGGUGGUUCAUGCCCUUGGAGCUGGGGCGUACGGGGAGUUCGAGGUGACCCACGACAUCUCCGAUAUUUGUAAUAUCGACAUGCUCCUCGGUGUCGGCAAAAAGACGUCCUUAGUAACACGCUUUUCAACCACUGGUCUGGAGCGCGGCUCCUCCGAGGGCGUUCAGGACCUGAAGGGCAUGGCGACCAAGUUGUUUACCAGCGAUGGGGAAUGGGACUGGGUCUUCCUCAAUUUUCCUUUCUUUUUCAUCCGCGAUCCUGUCAAGUUCCCCGACAUGAUACACUCGCAACGGAGAGACCCCCAGACCAACCGCCUCAACCCGAACAAUUUCUGGGAAUUCGUGACCGAGAAUCAUGAAUCAAUUCAUAUGGUAUUGCUGCAAUACAGUGAUUUCGGACGUAUGUUUACUUGGCGCACUCUGAGCAGCUACUCAGGACACGCCUUCAAAUGGGUUAUGCCCGAUGGCUCAUUCAAAUAUGUCCAUUUCUUCCUGUCUUCGGAUCGCGGACCCAACUUCAAGGAUGGUGCUGGCACCAUCAUGGAUUCCAGCGAGCCCGACUUUGCGUCCAGGGACCUCUUUGAGGCCAUCGAGCGAGGCGAUCAUCCAUCUUGGACGGCGAAUGUUCAGGUUAUUGAUCCCAAAGACGCGCCUCAUCUUGGCUUCAAUAUUCUUGACGUCACCAAGCACUGGAACCUGGGAACAUAUCCCCAGGGUGUUGAGAAAAUCCCUUCCCGGCCUUUUGGCAAGCUCACCUUGAAUCGCAACGUGAAAGACUACUUCAGUGAGGUUGAGCAGCUAGCGUUCUCACCUUCUCAUCUUGUUCCUGGUAUAGAGGCCUCCGAGGAUCCGAUCCUGCAGGCCCGCCUCUUCGCAUACCCUGACGCACAGCGAUACCGCCUGGGGAGGACAUUGUCGAAGCAGGCAUCUCCCCGGACCUCAUCAACCGCUGAGUAUCAAGCCAGCCUCGGGAAAGACUUCGCUGAGUGGGUUGCGCAGGUCUCUUCGGACGUAUGGUCUCAACCUCAUGAGGAUGAUUACAAAUUCGCUCGGGAGUAUUAUGAAAUACUUCCCGAGUUCCGGAGUCAGGAGUUCCAGGAUCGAAUGGUGGAGAGAAUUGUCGAAUCAGUCUCGCAGACCCGUCAGGAUAUCCGAAACAAAGUGUAUCGCACUUUCGCUCUGGUUUCAUCCGAAUUGGCCACGCGGGUGCAAGAGGGCGUUGAGGGGGCUGAAAUAGAUCAGGAGAAAAAUGUCCAAGCGAGACUUUGA